CGGAAGCGGAAGGGAAUCGGCGGGUGCUGAAACAUGGCGUGCGGAGAUCCACGCAGAGUCAGACAAAUGACAGCCGGCGCGUGUGUGUUGUCUAUGCUGGCAGCCUGUGUGAUCGCGCAGCCCGCAGCAGCCAAAGCCGGACAGUUAAGAGUCCUCACAGAUGGAGACUGGCAGGAAAUCCUCACGGGGGAAUGGAUGAUCGAGUUCUUUGCUCCGUGGUGUCCGGCCUGCCAGCAGCUGGAGCCUGUGUGGACUGAGUUUGCAGGAUGGGGAGACGAUUUGGGGGUGAACAUUGCCAAAGUGGACGUCACCGAGCACCCGGGUUUAACUGGGAGGUUUAUCAUCAUGGCUCUCCCAACUAUCUACCACUGCAAAGAUGGUGUGUUUCGGAGGUAUCAAGGAGAACGAUCUAAAGAGGACUUCCUGAGCUUCAUUGAAGAAAAGAAAUGGCAGAGCAUAGAGCCAGUCUCUUCCUGGUUUGGACCCUCCUCUUUCCUGAUGAAUACAAUGUCAAUCCUUUUCAAGUUAUCCGUGUUCAUCAGGCAUUGUCAUAAUUACCUGAGGGAGAAGCUGGGAGUCUCGGAUUGGGAAUCAUAUGGGAUCUUUGCUUUUGCAAUUAUCGUCGCAGGACUGUUUCUUGGAUUGGUGAUGGUUAUUGUUGCAGAUUUUGUGUUCCCAUGGAGACGGUUUUCACCAUAUCAUCACCACAAGAAGCUGCCUGCACGGCGUGUGUGUUGUCGGCAUCUGUCUGAAUAUGAGCAGGAAGCAGACGGAGAGGAAGGGGAUGAUGAAUAUGAGUAUGGAGAAGCAACUGAAGCGAUUCAUCAGUUGGAUCCCACUGAUCCCAUCGUUUUAUCCAGGAAAAGACAUGUGCGUUUGACAGAUUAAGACACCUAGAGGAUUGGAAAGGAACUGCAUCUCGCUAACUGUGCACAAAACCACCACAAAAACGACAUCACUGCUGCAGCGCUCAUUGAGCUCGAUGACGUCACGUAUGAUGUCAUGGCUUUCUCUGAAAGAUUGAUGUGGUUGUGCUUCACUCUCAAUCUUGCUGCCGGAUUGUGCGUUUUCUUUUUCCACUUUUAAUUAUUACACUCCUUUGUCAUGCAGUAUUGCGGAUUUGUGUGAGUGUGUGUGAGGAAUAUUAGGACCUAAUUUAAGGAAUUUCAUGACUGGCAGGUGCAAUAUUUCGCAUACAAAUACUGAACAAAUCUUCAAAAUCUGAAUGAAUAAAUAAAUAAAAACAAACGCAAAAACCUCACUGUGAACCUGAAGUUUUAAUUGAGGUUUUUGGGAAUAUGAAAGUGUUUGUGCUUUACUUUGUAAAUAUUUUAUUCUUUGAGCUUUUUGAAUGCCUGUUAUAUAACAUCAGAAUGUUUAGUUUGCUGUUUUAAAGGUUUUUUCUUCCAUUAAGAGUUAAAAUUAAUAAUUUUGGCAUUUGGUUUUUGUGUUGUUGAAGUUUUGUAAAACAAAAAAAUGCCUGAAUUAACGCGUGCGUGUGCGUGCGUUCGUGUGCGUGCGUGCGUGUGUGUGUGCGUGCGUGUGUGUGUGUGAGAUGACUAUUAUUUGAACUUAGAAGACUAGUUGUCACAUAGGAGAUCAUUUAAAUUUCAUUCGUUUUUUUGUUAUUUGUUUUAGCUGUCUCUCUUAGAGUGGAUUUUAGUAUUGAGUUUUGGUCUUCCAACUUUUGGGAUGCAGUUUAUUUGUUCCCUCUUUUACUUCCAUUAUCAUUGCUAUAUGUUACUGUUUGACCCCUGACUGAGUUAACCCUACUAGAAUUAAAAUGCUUCUCAGUAUGUUCUGUUCAGUUGUCUACUGCAGAACAGUUUGAAUGAAUGUCUGCACUUACAAUUCUGUUACUCAAAGAGUGUGUGUGUGCGCGCAAGUAAGAGAAUUAAGUUUUUGAGAAAGUUUCUGUUUUUUUUAGAAACAGGACUGUUAAUAAACAGUUUAAAGCUGC